ACGACUAAAUUUAUAGUCCAACAAUGCAGAUUUUUUUACCACUUUUAGGUACUCUUUCAUCAAUGAGUAUAAUAUGACGUUGAAUCUUCGAAUGAGUUAAACAACGGAACAAUGAGUGUAGCCAAUGCAGAUUAUGGCAAUUUGGAAAACAAUGAAAAUCUACUUAUCAAUGUUAAGUGGCAUAUCAACGACUUAAAAAACAACUCUGGAUCUCAGGAAAUAUUUUCAGACGAUGAUCGUGUAGAUGAUAUUUCAUGUAACUCUCCUAAAAUUUCUAUAAAGAAUGAUACUUUGAAUUCAUCAGUAAUUUCCAUGAGAACUCCUACAAUUUGUUUAAGAGCUAAUGAAAUAACUCCUGGACGAGCUGUAGUACCAAGAACUCCAGCUGGGCUUUUACCUUUUGUAAAAAAGACAAGUUUUUUGUGGACUAGUGACAUGGAGACACCUGAGAACAAAGUAAGGGAACAACCCAGAAUCUGUAAUAAAACUUGUAACUGUAUUAAUAGCAUAAGAUUUGACCAUUUUUCAAUACAAAACUUUAAAAUAAUUAAUAAAACACCUACCAGAUCCAAAACUCCACCUCAACAAAAUAUGGAAUUCAACCUAAAGAAUAUUACUUCUCCUAUUCUUGGAGGGAAGAGAAAACCAAAAAGAAAAGUGAAACGCAAAAUACUUAAUAAUCUCAACUUAGAUCUUGACAAUAAUAAUGAUCAACCAAACAAUAGCAGUAGAGAUAAAGUAGCUUCUCAGACUACUAGUUCAACAAAUAGUGAAUCUGCUUUUGAUAUUCAUAAAGAAGUUGACAAAUGUGCAAUGACAGAAAGCAAUAAUCUAAAUAACCUAGAUUGCAUGGAAAAUAAGUUAAUUGAGGAGGUGGUCAAUACAGCCAAAAAUAGUAAUACCUCUACUCAAGACUUCUUUUCUAAUGCUUCAUUCACUUCAAUUGAUAAAUUGUGUUCAAUUGCUAUUAAAGAAGAAACUAUAAAACCCACAUUAAAUUCAAAUCAGUCUCAAAAUAGCCCAAAACAAGUCAAUUUUGAAAAUAAAGAAAACAUAUCAAAAAGUGUAAGUAAUGAUGUUCUUGAAAGAGUGGCAGCUAUCAAAAAGAAUCAGAAACCAAUCAGGCGCUCAAUUGAUAUCAGUCACACUUUCAUACCCAAAGAAGUUUUUUCCAAGUCUGUUAUAGAACUUGAGCUUGCAGAUAAAACAUUCAGUCAAGAAAAAAAAUCUGUCUUAAAUAAAGCCAAACCUUUGGCAUUGAUACCUUUUUCAAAGUUAUCUUUGUUAGAAAAUAAUCUUGAAAAUCCAAGUUCAAGUACUAAAGACACUCAUAUAAAUUUAAUUAUAAAUGAUGUACCGGUAAAUGCUGUAAAUAAUAAGAAUGUAAAUAGUAGUGAACAGUCAAAGAAGGAACAAUGCAACACUUCAUUAGAUUGUAAUAUUGAAUAUAAUAUACGUAAAGAAACAAAAAAAUUUAGUGAACAAUCAGUAAUAGCUUGUAUUGAACAUGAUUUGCUUAACUCUGAUAGCAAAGUUAACCAAAGUACUGAUGGAUUUUUAAUAGCAAAAGAUAUACCUGUAAAUCAAGAAAAGCUUUUUAGUUAUACAAAAAUUAAUCAGGAAAUGGAAAAAGAAUUACUUGAUGAGGUUAAUUUUAAACAAAAGAAAGAACAGUCAGAAAAAUUAUUAAUAAAUUUUGGAAGAAGGGAAUUGGUGGAAGAUAACAAAACGGAAAAGUUACAACUUUUUCAAGAUCGAGAUCUUGAAGAAUUUUUUGAAACAAAACUGUCGACUUUAAGUACAUUAAGUGCAAGCGAUGGUUUUGCAACGGCUCGUGGAGAAGGUAUUUCAAUUAGUAAAGAAAAAGAAUACCUUUACAUGAAAAUAUAUAACGAACUGAGCGAUGAUACUGACUUUAGUAUUAUCGAAAAAUCAAAUGGUAAGAAACCCGUCGUCAAUCAACCAUCAAAAACUAGCACUACCAAGAAAACAAAAAUUUCAAGUUCAAGAGCUUUCACAGAUGGAUUUGCUACAGCUCGUGGUGGAGAAAUUGCUGUGAGUAAUGAAAAAGAAGAACAGUAUUUACAAAUUUAUAAUGAAUUAAAUGAUAUAGAUGAAAAUAGUUUACUCAACAUAAAAACAAAUAAGCAGCAUAAAGUAGGGUUGACUUCAAAACCUAAUGAUAAAGUUAUGUUAACAUUUAAUGCAAAAAAAUUCAUUAUACCGGAUAUAAACAGUAUUAAACAGAAUGUUGUAAAUCCUCUAAACGAUGAUUUUUGCACUGCCAGGGGAAUUGAUAUUCCUAUAAAUAAUGAUAAAGAGAGUUACUAUUUGAACAUCUAUAAUGAGUUGAGUGAUGAGAUUCCUAAUGAGUCAGUGAAAAGUAAAUUACGAGAACCACCGUUUAUAGCAUCGAAGCCUAUAAAAACAGAUGCAGUAGUUAUAAAGAAAGAAAAUCAGAAUGUCGAUGAAGAAUUUGAAGAAAUCGGUGAUUUGGCUGAAUUCUUUUCACCGCCACAACAAGCCGGUAUUCCUGACAGUAUUCAUGUAGAUAACAAUUUCAUCGUGCCAAAUUUUUCAAAUAUUCUUAAACCAAUGAGUACCACAACUGCUCCACUAAAGAUCAUUAAAAAAGAAGUACUAGAUCACGAAACAGUCAUCAAUAACGAUCAAACUUUACUAACUACAGACAAAGUGACUAAAAAUGUAAUAAGCUUAUUGAAACGAAAAUUAGACUGUGACGAUAAGCGAACAGGUAGAUAUAGAUCUUUUGGUGGUUUUCCGGUAACUGGUGAAAAUGUCACCGGAGCGAAAUUAAACAAAUCGGACCAUGACAAUGAAUCAUCCGUCAAUCAACCUCUGCAAAAGGGUCUAUCUGUCAGUGAGUUCUUCGAUUCGCAUUCAGACUCCUGGUUAUCUAAAGUUGAUAUUAGUUAUUUAAAUAGUAGUAAAAUUAAUUCGUCUAAUGUGAGAAAACAGAAGAAAAAUGAUAUCACUACGGUAAGUUGUUCGAAACUCAAUUUUUCUGAAAGUUGUUUUGGAUUUUCUGAUCAAGAAUACAUAAAAAGCAGUCGGCUAUUUGGUACUUUUGAAACAUUUUUAAGAAAUAAGUGCAAGAAGCAUAAUGAUAUAGCUUUAGACAUUAAAGCAGGUCAGUCAAUUACAAUUACAAAUCUAACUACAACGGAUCGUCGUUUGUUUUUGCAAUACGGAAAGGAAAUAAAUGUAAAAAAGUGUGGAAAAGAAUCGAAUUAUGAACUAAUUGAAAACGUAUCCGAGAAAACUGAGUACAGAACAGUGGAAACAAACAUUCCUUUUAUUGAAAUAGGUAAACGUAAACAUGCGGAUACUGACAGUGAUACGCCUUUGACUUCUGUAAAAAAACCAAGGGUUGGAAGUGAACUUCAAGGUCGUAAGCUAUUCUCUGAUGAGGAUGAGAAUGAUGAUGAUGAAAAGUAUAGAAAAAUAAUACGAGGAGAAAAUGAUACUCAACCUGUACAAUCCAUGGAAAUUCAAAGACUAGACAUCGAUAUAAAAGAGGAAGAAAUAGAUCUAUCAGAGGAGCGGAUACGUGCAAUUUUACAACAGGAAAAAAUAAUAAGAAACAAGAAGAGAAUUAAAAUAAAACCUACUGUAGGCAAGUUAUUGCAUGAGCGAUUAACAAAUAGUAAAAUCCGAACGUCAUGGAGUCAGUUAGUAGGUAGCUCAGUACCUAUGCCUCUUAGUGAUGAGCAGAUAAAGCAAACUCAUCUCGAUACAAAAAUACUUGAAGUAACAGCUUCUAAUGCAACCUGCUAUACGUUCUUGUCGUCAAACGUUACUGGGAAAAAGAAUAUUGUAAGUUUAGACCUAGGUGACGGUGCUUUGUUAAUCUUUAAUAAAAAUGGCCAAGCGGGUGUAUCUGAGUUCUCGCAAGCAUUUCUCGCAAUGCCAGGCGUUGAUCCAAAACUUUUACCGGAGGGCUGGAUUGAAAAUCAUUACAAAUGGAUUGUGUGGAAACUAGCUGCAUUAGAUCGGAUGCGAUUUGGUUAUAUUCAGUUAUCAAAGAAUUUAACCCCUCACCGUAUAAUGAACGAAUUGAAAUACCGCUACGACCGAGAAAUUGAUCAAGCUCAAAGGCCAGCUUUAAGAAGGAUAUUGGAGAAAGAUGAUGUAUCUACGCGACGUAUGGUUUUAUGCAUUUCUUCCAUCAAAGAGUCUAUCGUUGUAGAAGAAACGAGCAAAGAAGUUAUAACUAAGCUAGGAUUGUCUCGAUGGAAAGUAGAAGCUACUGAUGGUUGGUAUGAUAUUCCGCUGACUGUAGAUUCGGCGAUGGCUAAUUAUAUCUCGACUGGUAAGAUCAAGGAAGGCACUAAGAUCAUCACUUACGGCGCUGAGCUAAUGGAAUGCGAGAGAGGAUUUUUUCCUCUCGAGAAACCGCCAAAUGUGAGUCUGAAAAUACAUACGAACUGUACGCGACGAGCCAAGUGGGAUGUGAAGCUAGGUUAUCAAAAAAUUUCACGACCAAUACCUGUGAAAUUAAGGGAUAUUAUUUCAGCUGGUGGAAUGAUUGGAGAAAUUACGGCUGCAGCUGCAAGAGUCUAUCCGAUUCUGUACAGAGAAAAAACUGUAGAUGGAAAGUCGAUAUACCGAAACGCGAGGUGCGAAGAAAAAGUGGCAAUAGCCCACGAGCGAGCAGUGGAAAGAAAGGUCGACGCAAUGUAUGCCGAAGCCCAAAAAAAUUUCCACUCCAAAAAGAAAUUAGAAUCCGACGAUGAUUCAGAUACAUCUCAAAUUCAAAUAUCGCAAAAAUUCAAUCACUAUGAGCGAAAGCAAGAAGAGUUCAAGCGUAAGCUUGAAUCACAAGUACGUCAUGGUUUGCCGCCGCGACGUGACGUCACAACUGUGUUAAAAAUUCGGCUUGUCGAUGAUUGUACAACGGUUAUCCUGUCGAUAUGGGGUGCCGGCGAAGAAUCCGACUGCGAUAUCAGAGAAGGCGAUACUAUUAGUAUUUAUAACGCUUUCACGUCGGGACACCGGGGCGGUGACCUCCACCUUACAGCCAGCAGGAUUACACAUAUCAAGACCGAACCUUUGUUGAAGUUACCGUAUCCAAAUCGUAUUUGCACUUUUAUUCCUGAUAUCGGAGUUGCUGGUUUCGAGCCAAAAUUCGGAGAGUUCGACACUGUUGGAGUAGUCGUAUCAUCGGGAUCUGCUCCAUAUGGAAUGAAAAAUUUCGAAAUGGUCAAUAUUGCAUAUCCAAAACCAAACGACAGUGGUUCAUCGUAUUUAUCAGUACUAUUCUGGAAUGGUAUUUCCUCGUUUGGCUAUCAAGGUAUGUUUGCACCUGGUUCUUUUGUCGCCUGCAGUAAUCUCGAGUGGCGUCGCAAUCUGUGGAGUAUUGCUGUGGCUUACUGUUCGGAUAAAAGUGUGUUCACCGGUAAUCCUCGCCAAGCACAUUUAAUGAAAGCACUUCGCAGUCUUAAAUCUCUCAUACAAAACCCCAUAUCUUACGCGGAAAGUUGUGUUGACGAAGUAACUACGGAAUUAGCGAAGAAACCUCAGCCUCGUUCGGCUCAAGGUACACCAACAUCAUGGCCUAUCGACCGAAGUGUUUCAUUCGCCAGUCCCGCUGACCACUGUAGUCCCGGCAAUAUUUCACUUCAAAAGCGUUUAGAUAAAUUAUCGCGAUAUGGUUCAUCGCCAGAAAUUUCGCCGAUCGUACUAAACACUAGCUCUGCUAGAGUAAAGAAAGAUUACACACCCGUCACUCGUCGUAAAACCUGAAAUGUUAAUUGUUUUUACAGCUAAAGUCUAAGAGUUAUGUAUAUUAUAGUCAAUAUUGAGAAGUAAUUACGUUCUGAUUGCUAUCAUACAAGGGUUACGAGUCUGAGAUAAUCAUGUUUAUUCUUUUAUUAGUCAUAAAUACGUGUUAUUUAUUAAUUUUACCAAGUUUAUAAUUGGCUAUUGUUUUUUUUUUGUCAAAUGGUUUGAUUGAAGAAUCAUACUAUUUAAU